CCAGGCAGCGCCUCGACCACUCACAACAUCGCUUCCCUCAUCGCGACCAUCACCACGAGCUAUCUCGUUCUCAUCGGAAGCAGUUCGACCUGCGAUUCAAUUGAGUCGCCAAAUUAGUUUGCCGGCAACUCCCAGCCUCACAGGCUUCACAACGACUGGCCGUUACUGGUCACGUCACCUCCAGACACCACAUCACAACAGCCCAACAUGUACCCACAACACCCCGGGAUGGCUCCCCAAAAGCCGGAGACGUUCAUGCUGAGCACCGAGGCUCAGCAAGCACUCCCUCACGAUGCCCAGGUCGCUCUUCAGCAGGUUGAUAACCUCAAGUAUUUCCUCAUCUCUGCCCCCGUCGACUGGCAGCCAGAUCAGUACAUUCGCCGAUUCUUGUUGCCAACCGGCGAAUACGUGUCUUGCGUUCUCUGGAACAACCUCUUUCACAUCUCUGGAACCGAUAUUGUGCGAUGCCUGUCGUUCCGAUUCCAGGCCUUUGGUCGACCUGUCAAGAACUCUAAGAAGUUCGAGGAGGGUAUUUUCUCCGACUUGCGAAACCUGAAGUCGGGAACCGAUGCUUCUCUGGAAGAGCCCAAGAGCGCUUUCCUCGACUUCCUCUACAAGAACAACUGCAUUCGAACCCAGAAGAAGCAAAAGGUCUUCUACUGGUACAGCGUGCCUCAUGAUCGUUUGUUCCUCGAUGCCUUGGAGCGGGACCUCAAGCGCGAGAAGAUGGGCCAGGAAGCCACUACCGUCGCUGUCAGCGAGCCUGCCCUUUCGUUCCAGUACGACUCCUCUCAGUCGCUGUACGAGCAGCUCACCAAGGCUCAACAAGCCAACUCGUCGUCUUUCAGCGCCCAGCAGGCGUCUUACUCCCAGAGCCAGUCCACUUCCCCCGUCAUGAGGGCGAUGGACUCGAUGCCCCCUCCCCCAUCCAUGAUGCCUCAGUCCAUGCCCCCUUUAGCGGAGGGGAUGGACGCAAUGGUACCAUAUGGAGCCAUGGGGGUGGCCCCUCAGAUGGCACAGGCAGUCCCUGUCAAGAGGGAGCCUGAUUACACGCGCGUUCAGUACAACCAGAACGGCGUUCCCAUCACCCAGGGCCACCAGCGCCAUGCGUCCAUGCCAGCCUAUGGCCUCGAGUACUCUCCGGCACCUUCCUUCGUCUCUUCUCAGUAUGAGGACUACAGCAAUCGAGGAAUCUCCUUUGAACCUAUUACGCCUCCCCAACAGGCCCUUGGGAUCUCUGCUGAGCCCGCGUACAUCGCCAACGAAGAGACCGGUCUGUACUCUGCCAUUCCUGACCACCUGGCUAGCAUGAACGGCUUGAACGGUGUGGUCCAGCUUCCUCCUUCCAAUCUGGCUGGACCCCAGUUCUCCCGCCCAUAUGGCACAAACAACGUCUACUCUGUGAUCGAAGGCUCGCCGACAUAUAAGCAGAGAAGACGGCGUUCAUCCAUCCCCCCAUCUAUGUCGGCAAUUGCAACCACGACUGCUCCCAACACAGCCCAAACCCACAGGCCCUCUGAGCUCCGACGAUCCAUCUCUGCCUCGGUCGGUCCCCUGGCUGAAGGCGAUGAGUCCGCGGACAACUCGCCCCCUGGUCUUUCCUACAGUGCUUCGGUGAACAGCCAGCACCAUAAGGAUGUGGUUGACAUGUCGAGGCACGGCACUCCCCUGUCCACUGUUGAGGGAAGCCCUAACCACCACCCCAUGGGACUUCACCAAGAGUUCCCUCAGCUUAACAGCGAGGAAUUCCACAGGGAGGGUUCCGUGAGCGAGCGACGAUCCGCACCUGCCCCUGGUAGUGGCGGUGUUGUUCGUCGCGCCCGUUCAGCCACCGUCAUAGAGGUUGGACCCUACCCUCAGAAGUCCCACUCCUGCCCUAUCCCAACCUGUGGUCGUCUCUUCAAGCGCCUAGAGCACCUCAAGCGACACGUGAGAACACAUACACAAGAGAGACCCUACAUCUGCCCCCAUUGUAGCAAAGCAUUCUCCCGAUCAGACAAUCUCGCACAGUAUGCCUCCUUCUUUUCUUCACGUUUUUCCUUUGUCCCCAACGCAAUAUGCCCACCCUGCAACCCCUUCAACGCUGGAACGCAACCCAACCGUAAUGUUGAGUAUAUGCUAAUCAUCACUUCUUGCAGACACAAGCGUACCCAUGGUCGCGAAGACGGUGGAGAAGGACCGUUCAACCUCUCGGGUGAGGACGAGGAGGAAUUCUCUGGGGAGGACCAGCUUGGUUCUCUCGAGGAAGCUUCCCCCAACUCUGAGCACGCCUAUGUGCCCGGCUCCAUGAACGCCAUUGCCCAUGGCUCAACACCACCCUCGAGCGGAAUGUCCAUCCCCAACACCAUGGCGCCCUCGCAAUCCUUCAACAGCCUUCAAACUCUUAGCAUGCCCAUGACCAUCAGCCAGCCGGCAGCUAUCAACGCUAGUGGUAUGAUGUAACGGAAUUACGGCACGCCUCGCGAUUUUUUUUUAUAUCUGGGUUAUGACUACAGAGGAUUUAUGGCUUAAAUUUUUUCAAGGAGAACUGCACUAGGUGUUUUCAAGUCG